CCCGUGUUUGAUUAUGUCGUAACUUGCUUGGCUCAGUCAAUGAUUAACACUAAACUUACAGCUGCAAGUCAACAACGUGCUAAAGUUGCAAUCCCGAAUGCUACAGCAGCCAAUGUUGCUACAGAACAAAACAAGUCUGUCCCUACAACCCCAGUCAGUGCGAAAGCUCAACUAUACCCCUUUACUCUUGGCCAUACAGUCUCGCAAAGCGGUGAAUCCACUUCUACGCCUACUGGGGUAGUCACUUCUGCACCAGCCGCCAUUCCAAAGACUACCUUUGAGGUUGAUAGCAAUCAAUUGUUGGGAAAGAGGAAAAUACAAGAACUUGUGGGUCAGAUCGAUCCUAGUGAACGAUUAGAGCCGGAAGUAGAGGAUGUUUUGCUGGAAAUUGCGGAUGAAUUCAUUGAAUCCGUGACCACAUUUGCUUGCCGACUUGCUAAGCACAGAAAGUCAGAUACGCUGGAGGUGAAGGAUCUGCAAUUGCAUUUGGAACGCAACUGGAAUAUUCGUAUUCCUGGAUUUGCUUCAGAUGAAGUUCGGUCGUUGAGAAAACCUGUUGUCCCGCCUAACCAUCAAUCAAGACUACAAGCUGUCAAUCUAGCUAAAAGCCAGACUGGCCCAUCCAUUGCUGGCAUGAGUAUUAAGAAAGACAAUUAGGCCACCCUGUGUUCGAGUCGACCCAAUAUUCUCUCAGGCUAUUUUUCUUUUGGGGCUACAUACAGCACUUUGUAUAUACAACUUCUUUUAAUUGUACCUUUUGUGGCAGGAA